AUGUAUAACGUGACUACACCAGAUUCUUCGUUUGAUGUGUGUGGAAUGUCAUAUAGGUACAGGUAUUAUCUUGUAGACAUGAUCUAUCCGGAGCGUUCUUGUUUUGUGAAUUCGUUGUCUUGUCCUAAUGAUCGAAAAAGGUUGAAGUUUAAGAUAGCUCAAGAGAAGGCGAUAAAGGAUGUUGAAGUAGCAUUUGACGCUCUUAAAAAACUUUGGCAUAUACUUAAAUACCCCGUAAUAUUUUUUAACGAGAAGAAAAUGAGUGGGGUGAUGUAUACUUGUAUCAUAUUGCAUAAUAUGAUUCUCGAAGAUGAAGGAAAUGCAAUAUGUGAGUAUAAUGAAAUUGAGAUCGUUCCAAUGACAAAAGCAUUUGAGGUUGGCAGCGAUGAGUACUUGGCGAGAAGAGCAAUAAAUCAUGAUGUUGAGAUCCAUCAUGUUUUUCGUAGAGAAUUGGCGGGACAUAUUUGGACCGUUGACCACAUCGAUCUUAACGUGGAACCGUUCGAUGAUUAA